GGCGCGCAGGGCUUUCUUGACUUGGUGGAACAGGAUCUGUUGUGAAGUGUAGAGAAUGAACAACUUCAAGGGUCAGUUGUACAAUCGUGAGUUAAAUCCAGGGAUAGCUGACCGAGGAAUAGGCGUUAAAUUGGAGAGCUCCUUGUAGGACAGCAUUUUAUUCUCCAUUCCCGUCCUGUUAAGUUGUUAACUGGAGAGCACGCUAGGUUUGCUGACACUGACCGAGAGAUCAACACCAGCACCAGCGGCAGCCGCCGAGUAACAGCAAAGCACAACAUCAAAGAUGCCAGACGUCAGGCGAAAUUUGCCGGAGACGCACGAUCUACAACGUAGCCCUGAAGAUGAACUGCGUCGUGGUAUUUCUGCUCAUAGUGUUGGUGGCUGGAACGUCGGAGGCAGCAAGAAUCUUAGGCCUGUUCAAUUACCCAGGGAAGAGCCACUUCAUAAUGUUUGAAGCAGUGAUGAAGACGCUCGCAGCACGCGGUCACCAAGUCACUGUGUACAGUCACUUCCCACAACCAGCACCCGUACCUAAUUAUAAAGAUGUCAGUUUGGUUGGUUCCUUACCUAUCCUGACUGAUGCAAUUCCCCUCGAAGCCUAUGUUAACAGUGACAUCUACUCGUCACUAGAUCUUUUCAUGAAGCUAUCAUCUGACGAGUGUGACAAAGUACUGCAAUUCCCCGCAAUGCAAGAGCUGAUGAGGUCGAAUGAAACUUUUGAUUUGAUUUUCACUGAGGUAUUCGUUACUGAUUGUAUGCUGCCAUUUGUGCACAAAUUUCAGGCUCCAAAUAUUGCCAUGCGUUCUUCUGCUAUCAUGCCAUGGACGUCUGAUCGAUUUGGCUUACCCGAUAACCCUUCUUACAUACCAAUUGAGUUUGGAUUAAGUAGUGACCACAUGGGAUUCUUUGAGCGCCUUAGUAAUGCGUGGUAUUUGGUCUACAGUAAAUGGUUCCAUAGUAGACAUAUUGAAGUAUCUACGGAUGCUGUUGUCAUGAAGCACUUUGGCGAUUCAAUUCCUCCAUUGGCAGAUAUAGCAAAAAAUACUAGCAUGCUCUUUAUGAAUACCAACCCGGCAUUGACUCCUCCAAGACCCCUCGUACCAGCUGUUGUGGAGAUUGGGGGCAUACAUUUGAAGCCCGCAGGUCAACUUCCAAAGGACAUUCAGAAAUUCAUGGACGAGGCUGAACACGGAGUAAUUUACUUCACAUUUGGCUCAACAGUGAAAACACAAGACUUACCAGAACCAAAACGGAAGGCACUGUUGGAAGCGUUCGCAGAGCUCCCCCAGCGUGUCGUGUGGAAAUGGGAGACGGACAAGCUACCCGGACAGCCGCCCAAUGUUCUAAUACGCAAGUGGCUGCCACAGUACGAGAUAUUAAGCCAUCCCAAAAUGCGACUGUUCAUUACACAUGGAGGUCUGAUGGGCGCAAUAGAAGCAAUUACCAACGGCGUGCCACUGCUGGGAAUACCUCUGUUUGGGGACCAACCCGUUAAUGUUCAAAUGUUUGUAAGGAGGGGUAUUGGAUUACACCUCGCAUACAAAGAAAUAUCAAAGAAGUCCGUCCUGGAAGCCGUGAGCACCAUACUAAAUGACCCUGGGUACAAGAAGAGAACUGAGAAACUGGGAAUGGCGUUUAAAGACACGCCAAUGACGCCACAGGAGACCGUUGUGUACUGGUCCGAGUAUGUUAUCCGCCACAGAGGGGCGCCACACCUGCGCUCAGCUGCCGUGGACUUGCAGUGGUACCAAUUGCUGCUCCUCGACGUCAUAGCCGCCCUCCUUGUGGCAUUUCUCGCUGUUGCCGCUGCUUUUGUGUUCUUACUACGAGUGGUCUUACGACAGCUUGGCUUCCUGAAGGUGUCGUCUGACUCCACGUCAUUAGGCAAUAAGAGCAAGAAGACUAAGCAGCAGUAACGAGUUGAACACUAUUAAUGUCACAGUAUUUAUGCUGAACGAAGUUUUCUCGUUAACUAGUCCUGACAUUUCUGAUGCUCUUGGGUGAAACUCGUAAGGGUCUUCAGGCAUAUUUUAUUUGGUGUUUUGGUCUUAUGUUAUGAAUUUGGUUGUUGCAGCGUUUGUAUGGAGUCAUCCCAAACAAAUACUGCUCAUCAUGUGUAUCAGUGGAUGCCUUGUGUCUAUUGAAGACGUUGGUUUGUUACUUGUAACGAUCCACCAAAGACCAAAAAUCCGUUAUACAAAAGUAAUCAGAAAACAUCUCUGAACAACCU